AUGGUGGAAUACGCCCCCAUCAUCAUUGGUUCUCUCGUUGUGCUGUUCUUUGCCGUGCCCUCUCUUUCCUCCAAGGACUCAAAGAGCAGUUCGAACAAUGCCCGUCGCUCUGCCGUUGCCUUGUUUCUGCCUGGUUUGAUUCUGACUUUCUCCGCCUCGGUGGUUAUGUGCUCUUGGGAGGACGCCUACCAAAGAGGAUACCAAAUUUUCAGUCUACCCUCGGUCCGGUCCGCCGCAGAGAGCUACAUUGAGACUGGCGACGGAGAUAUUACCGACAUUUUGGAGUCUGGAAAGUACGCUCCUACCUUUGGGUAUUAUGAAGUCAGUUAUCUUAUCAAGGAUCUUCUUCGCCACACCAUUUUCCACACCAAUAGUCACAAUGCGGACAAUAUUGACGAGGGUUACAAUAAGGGUAAUGACUGGUUCGCCUCCAUGUUGGGGGAUACAAUGAUGUACACCUCUGGACUUUACCCCACUGGAUCAGAAACUCUGGAGGAAGCCCAAAACUACAAGAUUGACUAUGUGGCAGAUGCCAUUCAGGUCAAGCCAGGAAUGUCCGUCUUGGAUAUUGGAUGUGGCUGGACUUAUGUGGCCAAGCGCCUCACUGAAAAAUACGGUGCCAAUGUCACUGGAAUUACCUUGUCAAAAGAACAGCUCAAGUGGGGAACAGAGUGGAACGCAAAUAAUGAUGCUACCAUCCUUCUCCAGGAUGCCAUGCAGAUCCACGAGCGCGAUGACCUCCCGAAGCAAUUUGACAGAAUCACCAGUUUGGAAAUGGCCGAGCAUGUGGGAAUUCGCCGUUACCAGGAAUUUCUCUCCAAAGUCAGGAACUUGCUGAAGGACGAUGGUGUCUUUUACUUCCAGGUGGCUGGACUUCGUCGUCAUUGGCGUUUCGAAGAUCUUGUCUGGGGUCUGUUUAUGGGUGAGCACGUCUUUCCUGGAGCUGAUGCCUCUUGUCCUCUUGGAUGGGUAAGUGAUCAGCUUGAAAAGGCAGGAUUCGAGAUCCAGCGUGUACACAACAUGGGAUCACACUACAGUCGUACACUGGCCCACUGGUUGGACAACUGGCGUUCCAACGAAGAGAAGAUUAUUGCUAAGUACGGGGACAAGGCCUACCGCCGAUGGGAGGUUUUCCUGGCCUGGUCUGUCCGUGUUGCUCGUCAGGGAUCCUCUACACUGUUCAUGUUCACACUCACCAAGGCUGAUGUUAUGGAUGAGCGUCGUAUUGAAAGCCAAGCUCACUUGGUGCCUAAGGAUAUCAACGCCUAA